AUGGAUCCCUACGCCCGAUACACCGCCCCCAACGUCUCCUCCACCGGGGCCCCCCUCUCCCCGGCCCAGCUGGCCGGCUACACUGGCGAUCAGGCGCUGCCGAGUGCCCCUACCAACAGCAUGCUCCUCCGCAUGGCCGCGCCAGGCCAGGCCGCACAGGUCGUCCAGCUCCACCCCUCCCAGCUCGGCGGCCACCCCUCCACGGCGGCCGUAACUGUAGUGCCGGCCCAGACCGACGCCAGGGCCAUCUUCAACACCCCGGCCGGCGGCGUCCCUGGCCGUCCUCAGGGAACCAUCCCCCUCCCCCUUCCGGUGACGACGGGCCAGCUGACCUUCUCCAACUACAACCCGUCCGGGUACGGAGGCCACAGCAGCAUCAUGACACCGAUGCUGCCUGUCAACACCACCGUCCUCCUAAAUGCUGGCACUGCGCAGUAG